AUGCUAGCUAAGGAGGACGUGGAGCACAUGAUUAAACAAACCUCCUCGCAAGCCCAGCCGUUGUCAAAGACACUCCGGGCGUCGGGAAUCUCGAGGUCUCCGAUCUCCGGCCACUAUAAAAUGGCGACAGUAAAAAUUUUACUGGCGUUAGCGCUAUGUUAUGCUGCCGAGGGCAUUCACCUUAGCUACCGACCGAGUUUGCACAUUACUGGACUUGCAGCUACUUUAGCGACGGUUGUAGCAAUUGGUUCACAAACUGAAGGACGGCGUGUCACUGGAUCUGGAAGCUUUGAUGGUUCCUGCAACAACCUUGAAAGGCCAGAUUGGGGUUUACCUAACACGCCUUUGAGUCGUCUCGCGCCUGCUAACUACGAUGAUGGUGUGAGUGCCAUAAAGACCCAUUCGAACACGGGCCGACCUCUGCCGAAUACUCGUGAACUUAGUCUACAGCUAUACCCUGACCUGCAGGUCAUUGACCCCGUAUGGACCCUAAAUACGCAACAAUGGGGACAAAUUGUAGCCCACGACAUGUCACUAUCAGCUAACGAUGUAGAAGCUCACAAAGGGUUGACGAACUGCUGCGAUGACAACGGGAGACUGACGAGUCUUGCCCAAACGGUCCCGUUUUGUGCUCCCAUACUGAUACCUCUUAAUGACCCUGUUUAUCCACGAGGAACAGAGUGUAUGAAUUUUGUAAGGACGGAAACGACUAGAGAUAGAGGAUGUACUCCAGCUAAUGUUGCUGCUCAACAGCUAACGUCAGUCACAACCUUCAUGGAUCUCUCCACUGUCUACGGCAGCAGCCAAAGUCAGGCCAGUGCCGUCAGAGCUCGACGAGGAGGUCGUUUAUUGACCACUGUGAGAGGAGGCCGGGAAUGGCUACCAAACAAUCCUAAACCAACUGUCAACUGUGAAACUGCGAAGUUACCUAAUGAACCUUGCUAUUUAGCUGGUGACGCCCGUGUGAACCAAAACCCUCAGUUGGCGACGCUCCAAGUGGUGCUGCUGAGGGAACAUAACCGCAUCGCUGACACGCUGGCUCUACUCAACCCUCACUGGGACGACGAGACUAUCUUUCAAGAAGCCAGACGUAUCCACAUUGCUGAGACACAGCACAUCAACUAUUAUGAAUACCUUCCUAUUCUGUUAGGUUUUGAAAAUAUGGUGAAGAAUAAGCUCAUCUACCCUGAUACUCAUGGCUACGUUAACGACUACGACCCUGGAGUGGAUCCUUCUAUCAUCAAUGAAUACAACACAGCUGCCUUCCGUCACUUCCACUCCUUGAUCAGAGGUUAUUUGGAGUUAGUUUCAGAAAGCCGUCGCACCAUUGGAGCCGUGCGCCUGAGUGACUGGUACACACGGCCUAUGCUGUUGGAACUUGACAAUGCCUUCGAUCACUUGGUUCGAGGACUUACAACACAGGGACAAGACUUCAGUGACCAGUCCCUUGAUAGUGAAAUCACUCAGUUCCUGUUCAAGCGUAACUAUACUUAUGGAAGUGACCUGCGAGCGAGAGACAUCCAAAGAGGUCGUGACCACGGUUUGGCUUCGUACAUCAAUACUAGAACUGCUUUGGGUCUUCCUGCCCCUAAAAACUUCUCUGACAUGUUGGAAUACAUAUCUCAAGAGAACGUGGCUGCUCUCCAAAACCAUUACGCAUCUGUCGAAGACGUAGAACUGAUGGUUGCUGGUUCUUUGGAGCGCAACGCGCCAGGAGCUCAAGCUGGACCGACCUUCGUCUUCAUCAUCACGGAGCAGUUCUACAGGACACGUGUUGGAGACAGAUACUUCUAUGAAAAUGGAGCUGAUCCUGACAUUGCUUUUACACCAAGCCAGCUCGACUCGAUACGCAAGGGAGCAUCAAUGGCGCGGCUGCUGUGUGAUAACAGUGACGGAAUACAGUCUAUGCAGCCCAGAGCCUUUGAACAGAUAUCGCACACGAACGAACUUGUACCAUGUGAUACGCUGCCAGCUAUUAAUCUAACCUUAUGGCAAGACGUAUAAGGCAAUUUUUAGAAUGUAAUAAUUAGUGUUAAAUAACUAAGAAACUAAAUGAAAAUGUCAUCUAGAACUAUCAAAUUUGAUUUUUUUAUUUUCAAAUGUAUACAUUUUUUAUUUAUUUGUACAGAUUUUGACACUAAGUUGUAUAAUAAUGUGUGAACAUUGCCAUCUUUAUGUUUGUGCUAUUUUAGAAUACGUAAAUAAGUAUACGUUUUAUAUGAAACCUAAUUUAUUAUUAUUUAUUUAAUAAUAAAC